GUUUUGUUUUGUAACAUUUGGUGUACAGAAGCAAGUGGGGAGGAAUGAGUUUUUGUGGCAUUAAAUUUUUGAGUGUGGCUGGUUAUAUAUUAGCAUUGCAUCGUUACGUCCCGCUGUUUUGUGAAGCCUCAGGUUCACAGUGGUGGUUUCAUCAAGUUACUGGAGUUGUACUUCAAUGAACAAGCUUUGAGGUUUGUGCCAAUGGAUUUAAAACUUGCAGAUUAUUUCUGAAAAUUUUCGACAUGCUUAGCAAGAUUCCUCAAGACUUUAGAAAAUUUGAAAGAAAUCGUUGCAAAUUGCACCAGAUCCUGUAUGAUACUCAGACAGCUUUGGAUGAAAUAGCGUCAGCAAAUAUAUUUCCAGGUGAGGAUAUUAAAAAACAGAUGCUUUCAGCAUCUGUUCUCAAGGAACUUGACCAUGUCUUGACAAGUCUACCGGCAUUGAUUGUGACUGGACAAACCUGUAAAGCAAAAGUGCAGCUUGUUAAUGCUCUUUUGGGUGAACCUCUCCUGCCUUUGUGCAGCAACUUAUGGAGGUGGAUUUUGGUACGGUAUGGUCAUAGCAAACGAGCAUACACAACUUCAUUGCCAGAAUCAAAUAAUGCAGAAAGGCAAGAGCUCAGAAGUGGAUGGUUGUCUGUACCUGAAAACUAUUUUAAAAAACCAGAAAAUGAAAAGGUGGAUGGCCUUAAAACAAUGACGGUUAUUGAAAUAUGUCACCCACUACUUCAUGAAAAUAUCCAGGUAAUUGUGGUACCAGAUUGUGAAACUGCUCCAGUGAAUGUUUUCUCAAUGUUGGAUGAAUGUUUACCACAGAGGCUUCAGAUAUUUUUCUACUGCAUCGGUGAUGAGCAUCUAAAUGAGAAGCAUGUUCGUGAAUUACAGAAACUGAAGGAAAUAUUUGGUGAGAAAGUGUUCUGCUUUGUUAUUACAUCACAAGUCAGAACACCUGAAAACUUGUGCAGCACAUACACGUCAUCACCUGUUGAUAAAAUGCUUGAGGCAGCUGCACGUAGUAUAGGUCACUCUUGUGAAGAUGCUAUGGAAAAUAGGAAUUUAGUUGUGUUUCAUCAGUUAUCACUUAUUGGUUUCCACUUCAAAGAGUACUUGGAAUCCACUAUACCAAAAAAGUCACUGAUCGACCAGGCCAGUGCUAAGUGUGAGAUAGUCGAUGAAAUUCAAUCACCUGAAAAGCUGUACUCAUAUAUACGUUCCUGUCUUUGUUCAUAUCUUAUUCAAGCUGCAAGUUCAUUGAAUGAGGUACAUACCCAUUGCUUGAGGCAGUUCAUAUUGUCUGCGUUUGAUAUGGCACGGGAGAUCCAAAUUACUCCAAAAAGAAUUCAUUAUGCUCAGAAAAAAGAAGAGGAGCUUUACAGAAAUUUGAUGAACUUUGCUUGUGAAAAACAAGAAGAGAUUCGUAGGCUGGUUGAAGUAAAACUUCAUGAAAUGAAAGAAAGUUUGAUUGAGAGUGCAGUCAACUACAAAUACCAAGCUGUUAAUCUCCUUGAGAACCAGGAAGUCAGAUCAGCACAAUCAGUGCAUGUUGCUACAUCAGAGAUUCACUAUUUAAUACUGAGCCGUAUAAACAGUUCAGUGGCAACACAGAUAAUUCAGUCAGUAGAUUGUUUACAAGAUACCUAUGUCGGAACACUGCAGCGAUGUUUAGAGAGCUUAGAAAAAAAUUGUUAUGAACAAGAGGGAAAUCUUCUUGCCAGUGAUGCUGUAAGACAAAUACUGAAUGCUGCUUACAAUAUUGAGGUGAACCCUUCAAGUUCAUCUACGUUACUUCACUCUUUUAUGGAAAGACUAAGGAAGCUCCUGUAUUCAUUCAAGUUCCCUUGGGCUCUUCCACGGAGAUUGGAUGCUGACUGGAGAAAACAAGUUGCAACUGAAAUGAUAGACUCAUUGAGUCCAUCCCGCUUAGUUAAGAGCAUUUUUUCUAAUCAGUUUAAGGACCAAUUAAAUGCUUCGCAUGCAGCCUUCACUGCUGCCCUGCGAUCACUCCAAAAUCACUACUCGGGGCGUCUGGAGCGAACAGAGGAACAACGUGUUGCUAUUCGCAAGUAUCAUGCACCAAAACUUGCACGACUUGCACUGGAAAGCACCUGCAUGUGUGACAUGAUUCGUUUUGGAAUGCCGCAGCUUGGAAAAGAGAUUGGAAGGGGGCAGUAUGGAGUGGUGUUCUCGUGUGAUUCUUGGGGCGGCACAGGUCCGUGUGCGGUGAAAUCUGUUGUGCCUCCUGAUGACAAGCAUUGGAAUGACCUGGCAAUGGAGUUUUAUUACACAAGGACGAUUCCAGAUCACAAACGGAUUGUUAGACUACGUGGGUCAGUAAUAGACAGCUCAUAUGGCGGAGGCUGUACACCGUCAGUCCUGUUAAUAAUGGAUCGUCUUUCACGUGAUCUUUAUUAUGGCCUACGGUCUGGACUGUCAUGGGUCACAAGACUUCAGAUUGCGAUUGAUGUUGUGGAAGGAAUCCGCUACCUGCACUCACAAGGAUUGGUACAUCGUGACAUUAAGUUAAAGAAUGUUUUGCUCGAUAACGAUAAUCGUGCCAAACUGACUGAUCUGGGUUUUUGUAUUCCUGAAGCUAUGAUGUCUGGCAGUAUUGUUGGCACUCCUGUUCAUAUGGCUCCUGAAUUAUUGUCUGGCCACUAUGACAGCAGUGUAGAUGUUUAUGCAUUUGGCAUAUUAUUUUGGUAUAUAUGUGCUGGCCAUGUGAAGCUGCCAAAUGUUUUUGAAAAUUUUCAAAAUAAGGAGCAACUGUGGACCAGUGUCAAAAGAGGUAUUCGACCGGAAAGGCUGGCCCAUUUUGAUGACCAGUGUUGGCAUCUUAUGGAGCAGUGCUGGUCAGGUGAACCGUCCAGGAGACCACUUCUGGGAUACGUUCAGCCUCUGCUCGAAUCUAUUCUCGAACAGUAUUCCCGACGAUUCUCUGAACAGCUCACACCAGAAUGAAGAGCUGAAGUUUCAAAUAUAUGCCAAAUAUACUUAGAUAAGGAUGAGGACCAUGAGGAGGAGGAGGAGGAGGAGGAGGAGAAGAAGAAGAAGAAGAAGAAGAAGAAGAUGCUCGUGAUCUAUCGCAGCCCAUUGAUAGGAGGAAUUUGGUAUGCGCUGCUGCUCCUGUUGGUCAUCUUUCUUCAUAAUGAAGUAUCUAGACUGGGGAAGUUUUUUGUCGGCUUGUGCGUUAUGAGAGCUGUGUCCCUCAGUGCAGUAGCAUUUUUAUUGAUGACUUUAGGUUGUUCAACCAAAAAUCAGUAUUCGUUUUAUUACAUUUUAUUGCAGUUGAUGCAAAAAGUGAAACUGGAAGAUGCUACAUCAUCAGCCUUGGUGAUUUACAUCAGAUUCAAUAUUUUUUCUGUAUUUAUUUUGUUUAUAUCUCAUGUGCUACUUUCUCAUUUAAGAGUCACUCAUUUUUCGCGCGUUUUAAUUGCAACAAUAAUUUAAAAAUACAUCUAACUACAUUUAGUCUCCAUUAUGAUGUAUGACAGA